GCGGAGCUUCCGGCGCGGCACUUCCGGCGCCGGCGCUGCGCGGGCGGUGUGGCCGCAGCGCUCCCGCCGCCGUCCCCUCCCCGCCGCCGCCUCAUGCAGCGCCGCGACGACACCGCCGGUCGCCUGUCGCGGGCGCAGGGCCGCGCUCCGCCGACGCGCCGCCCGCCCCACGGCGGAGGGGCCCGCGGGGCCGCCAGCGGAGCGCAGCCGCCGCCGCCCGGUGGGGCCGCGGGCGGCGGGGCCCCGAUGGCUGGCGGUAAGAUGGAGCCUGAGAAUAAAUAUCUGCCCGAGCUGAUGGCCGAGAAGGACAGCCUGGACCCGUCCUUCACGCACGCCAUGCAGCUCCUCACCGCAGAAAUUGAAAAGAUCCAGAAGGGGGAGGCAGCGAAGAAGGAGGAGGAGCAGAAUUACCUGGAUUUAUUCUCCCACAAGAACAUGAAACUGAAGGAGCGAGUGCUGAUCCCAGUCAAACAAUACCCCAAGUUCAAUUUUGUUGGGAAGAUUUUGGGACCCCAAGGCAACACCAUUAAAAGACUUCAGGAGGAAACUGGUGCUAAAAUCUCUGUACUGGGAAAAGGCUCCAUGAGGGAUAAAGCCAAGGAGGAGGAGCUGCGCCGGGGGGGUGACCCCAAGUACGCUCACCUGCACAUGGAGCUGCACGUGUUCAUCGAGGUGCUGGGGCCGCCCUGCGAGGCCUACGCGCUCAUGGCCCACGCCAUGGACGAGGUCAAGAAAUUCCUCGUGCCGGACAUGAUGGACGACAUCUGCCAGGAGCAGUUCCUGGAGCUCUCCUAUCUCAACGGGGUCCCCGAGCCCGGGCGGGGCCGCGGCGUCCCCGGGCGGGGCCGGGGGGCAGCGCCGCCCCCGCCCCCACCUGUGCCCAGGGGCCGCGGGGUGUGUCCCCCUCCUCCGCGGGGUGCCCUGGUGCGGGGCGCCCCCGUGCGCGGGGCGCUGGCGCGGGGGGCGCUGGCCCGGGGGGUGCCCCCGCCGCCCGCCGGGAGGGGCACGGCCGCGCCCCGGGCACGGGCAGCCGGCAUCCAGAGGAUACCCCUGCCACCGCCCGUGCCCGACAGCUACGAGGAAUACGGCUACGAUGACACGUACGCAGAGCAGAGCUACGAGGGCUACGAGGGCUACUACAGCCAGGGCCAAGGGGAUACAGAAUAUUACGAUUAUGGACACGGGGAGGCACAGGAAACCUAUGAAGCCUAUGGCCAAGACGACUGGAACGGCGCCCGGCCCUCGCUGAAGGCGCCGCCGGCGCGGCCGCUCAAGGGCUGCUACCGCGACCACCCCUACGGACGCUACUAAAACACAAAAAAAAGGGCAAAAAAAUCCCAUUUUAGGAGCAAAAUCUUAUUUCUGGUUCUUGUAUCUCCCGGGAUUGCUUUACCCACAGCAGACAAGUAAUUGUCUCCCUGUUUUAUUCCUGGCCCUUUUUUUUCCCCUGCUCCAUCCUCACUUUGCAUUUUUGGCUUCUGUACUGUAGUGAUUUCUGGAGGUGAAUUUAAAUAGAUUUAGAGGGGGGAAAAGGUUUUAAUUUUUAUUAUUUUUUUGCUGGGAGGAGGGAGGGAGUGGGGGGGAUUUUUUUUUCUCUUCGGUGUGUAGAUGGUUUUUUCUUCCUUUGUCGUUCUAGGUUUUAAAAAAAAUCACCUGUACCUUUUUUUAAGGAAAAGAACACCAAAAAAAAACCCCUAAAAAAAAAAUUAAAAAAAUGUUAGUUUCCAAAGUGACAUGCUCUGCUUAGUUCUGAAAUUAAGGUUUUGUUAAAAAUUUAAAAUUUGUUUUAAAGGAACCCAUAAAGGUUGUAGUUGCAGAAUCCCAAAAUAGGCUACAUUUCAAAAUUCAGGGUUAUUUUUUUAAGAAUUAAAAUCAUAAUGUAACAGUAGUGGCUGCCACCAUUUAAAAAAAAAAAACCAAAAAAAAAUUAAUUUCAGAUGCCAAACCUUUAAAAGGAGAUCGCUGGUGAAUCUUGAAGUUUAAAUUUUAACCUAAAGGAUCCUCCAAACAAAAUUAAAUAGCAUUUUCUAAAGAGAAUUGACUUAAAAGGAAAAAUUAGGUUGGUAAAAAAUUGACUUUUCUUAUGUGGAUUUUGAAAUCUAGCCCCCCGUGCAGUGUUGAGAUAUGCUUGGGAAUAUUUUUCCAGUGGAAAGGGGUUUUAGUUUGGUUCUAAAUGAACAAUUUUCAAGGAAAAAAAACCCCAAAAUCUGGCUGUAAUUACCCAGUGUUUGAUAGAAAAACUAUCCCAUGGGUAGGCCUGUAAAAUUCUCAUUUUUUGUAACAUUUUGGGGUAAAAAAACUCAUGAAAAUUUCAAACUCACCCCAAAAAAUCUCAAUUUUCAGCAAUCCCAACCACUUGUUCAAGUGUAUCUCAGCACGAGCUUUGCAUAAAAAGGGACACUGCAGCUGUAAAAAAAAACCCAAAAAACCAACAAAACAAAAACCAGACCAAAAAUGACCCCAAAAUUCACUUUGUACAUAAGAGAAAGUCCAAAUUGGAUUUGUUACCCCCACUCUGUUCUGGAAGAGAAAAAUGCUACAUUUUGUGUAAAGUCUGCCUAAUUAGGUAACUCUAAACGUGUCAAAAAUUGAAUUGUCUGUCUCAAUUUGUCAAUAAAGUUUAGUCCUUUUUUAAUCAAAGGAAA